CCCGUCCUCAAUUUCUCCUUAUCCUUUUUUUCUCCCCCUGUAGAUUCUCAAGUUAUUCAGGAGAUGGGGGAUCACUCACACUGGUGUGUGGUGGCAUACUGGGAAGAGAAGAUGCGUGUGGGUCAGCUGUACUCUGUCCAAGAGCCCUCCUUGGAUAUCUUCUAUGAUCUACCUCAGGGGAAUGGCUUCUGCCUCGGGCAGCUCAACUCAGACAACAAAAGCCAGCUGGUGCAGAAGGUACGCAGCAAGAUCGGGUACGGCAUCCAGCUCACCAAGGAGGUGGAUGGCGUGUGGGUCUACAACCGCAGCAGCUACCCCAUCUUCAUCAAGUCGGCCACACUGGACAACCCUGACUCCAGGACAUUGCUGGUGCACAAAGUGUUCCCUGGUUUUUCCAUCAAGGCUUUUGAUUAUGAGAAGGCAUGCAGCCUGCAGAGGCCAAAUGACCACGAGUUCAUGCAGCAGCCAUGGACCGGAUUUACCAUGCAGAUCAGCUUUGUGAAGGGCUGGGGCCAAUGCUAUACCAGGCAGUUCAUCAGCAGCUGCCCUUGCUGGUUGGAAGUUAUUUUUAAUGAUCGAUGACAUGAGACGGAGCAGACUCAUAGCAUUUAUACUACUUUGCUGUUAUUACUUCCGAGUGCUUGCUUUUCAUGCAACCUUUUUGUUCUUGUUUUGUUUGUUGUCAUUUCCCAUUUUAAGAAAUAGCUUAUGGAAAGAUUUUCAUCCAGGUAUUUUGAUAAAUAGAUCUAUUUUUUUAAAGUGUGAACAACCAGUAACUCAGAAGGGCAAGUAAAGGGUGGAGUGGGAGCAGACUGUAUACAAUAACCAUUUCCCACUUCCAAAAGGAUUAUCCUAUGUGAUGGGUGGGUUGGGAGCCACUUGCUCUUGGGUAGCAUGAUGGGAUCCCCUUAUUUUUCACACUCUCCAAUCCCAGUGCUGGUGGCACCCCUACCCGGCAGUGCUAAUCCAAUGUAGCUACCACCAAUGGUGCACAAACUUCCCACCAGGUCUUAUCCCACCUGUGUAGUUUCUGUCAUUGAGUUUUGUCAUUGGGUCAUUGUUGUUAGGUUUGCGUCUUGUCCCUGUGUCUAUCCUGUACGCUGUCCAUCCAUACACUCAUCCUUCCACCAUUUUAUCAUCAUGGAUUGGUACAAGGGGAGAAAACAGUGGUGAAGAAACCAUGCAUGGCUCAUGUUAUGCAAUUGGAGCUGAGAUACAACAUGACAUAAGCCUGAAAAAAAACAACCCACAAAGCAAAACAAAAUAAAAACAAAUGGGGAAGAAAAAGUGAAAAAGGAAAGAAGAUAGUUGGAGAUAGAAGAAAAAGAAAAAGGAUAGUUGAGUCUGUCAGAACCUGUUGACUUAAGUUAUGCUGGUACAAUUAUAUCUAGAGAUGCCAUUGUGCUUUCAUUUCUUCUUGAAUUCAUAUACACGUAUGAUACUUUUACAUUGUUCUUAGCUCAAUGAGCAUGUUUAGAACUUAACAUAAGCUAUUUUUCUAAAAAGGUUUAAAUGAACAAGAGAGCAUUCACAUUGGAACUUUGGCAUUGUAGUGCGUUGGAAAGAAAACACAAAAAAGGAUUCCUUAAAAAAAACCUGAGAUUUAUU